AAAGAAACUUUGAAAAUGCGUGAGAUUCUUCAUAUUCAAGCAGGACAAUGUGGGAAUCAAAUAGGAUCAAAAUUCUGGGAAGUUGUAUGUGACGAACACGGGAUUGAUCCAACUGGAAAAUACUGUGGAGAUUCAGAAUUGCAGCUUGAAAGAGUUAAUGUUUAUUACAAUGAAACUGGAAAUGGACGUUACGUGCCACGGGCAGUUCUCAUGGACCUUGAACCUGGUACUAUGGACAGCAUCAAAUCAGGUCCUUUCGGACAAAUUUUUCGCCCUGAUAACUAUGUUUUUGGACAAUCUGGUGCUGGAAAUAAUUGGGCUAAAGGACAUUAUACUGAGGGUGCUGAACUUAUUGACUCUGUUCUUGAUGUUGUUCGAAAAGAAGCUGAAAACUCCGAUUGCUUACAAGGAUUUCAGGUGUGUCACUCACUUGGAGGAGGGACAGGAUCAGGAAUGGGAACACUGUUGAUAUCAAAGAUCAGAGAAGAAUAUCCAGACAGAAUGAUGCUUACCUUCUCUGUUUUCCCAUCACCAAAAGUCUCAGACACAGUGGUUGAGCCUUACAAUGCUACACUUUCAGUCCAUCAACUGGUUGAAAAUGCUGAUGAGUGUAUGGUUCUUGAUAAUGAAGCUCUCUAUGACAUCUGCUUCAGGACUCUCAAACUCUCCACACCAAGUUUUGGAGACCUGAAUCAUCUGAUUUCAGCAACAAUGAGUGGUGUGACAUGUUGCCUGCGAUUCCCUGGCCAGCUGAAUUCUGAUCUUCGAAAACUAGCUGUGAACUUAAUCCCUUUCCCAAGGCUUCAUUUUUUUAUGGUUGGAUUCGCGCCUCUAACAUCAAGAGGAUCUCAGCAAUAUCGAGCACUUACAGUCCCUGAACUGACACAACAAAUGUGGGAUUCCAAGAACAUGAUGUGUGCUGCUGAUCCAAGACACGGUCGUUACCUCACAGCCUCAGCAUUGUUUAGAGGCAAAAUGAGCACAAAAGAAGUUGAUGAGCAAAUGAUGAAUGUGCAGAACAAGAACUCUUCGUAUUUUGUGGAAUGGAUUCCGAACAAUGUUAAAUCCAGUGUUUGUGACAUACCACCUAGAGGGCUUUCGAUGUCUUCAACUUUUAUUGGAAAUUCAACUUCAAUUCAAGAAAUGUUUAGGAGAGUAAGUGAGCAGUUCACUGCAAUGUUUAGGAGAAAGGCAUUUUUGCAUUGGUACACUGGAGAAGGGAUGGAUGAAAUGGAAUUUACUGAAGCAGAGAGUAAUAUGAAUGAUCUUGUGGCGGAGUAUCAACAGUAUCAAGAUGCCACAGCUGAAGAAAACAGUGAUUAUGAAGAUGAAACUGGAGAAGAUUAAAGGUGUUCGACCAAUCUGCUAUUACGUAUGUUACGUGCUGCAGUGAACCUGAAACUCCAUUAA